UAUCGACUGCCGCGAUCGGUCUCGACGGUCGUCCGUCGUCUGUCGAGCGUGAUCGAGGUGUACCGCUCUAUCGAACAGAGGACGACGUUUCCUCGGCGCACAGUGACACACGAAGCUGAUUCUAAGUUAGAAUUAAACGCUUGCGAAUAUCGACUGACCGAGCUGUGCAACUUAUGUAAUACUUGCGUCAGAACAUGUCUCCUCCGACGUACAGCGACUUGGGCAGAAGUGCACGUGAUGUAUUCGGACAGGGCUUUCAUUUUGGCCUGUGCAAAUUAGAUGUGAAGACCAAAACUAGCUCUAAUGUACAAUUUUCCUGUGGUGGUGUGUCCAACCAUGACACAGGAAAGGUAUUUGGUAAUUUAGAAACCAAAUACAAUAUCAAGGAAUAUGGAUUAUCAUUCAGCGAGAAAUGGAACACUGACAAUACUCUCGCAACUGAUGUUUCUAUUUGUGAUAAAUUGCUCAAAGGACUUACACUUGGUUAUAGUUGUACCUUUUCUCCACAAACUGGCUCCAAAACUGGAAAGUUGAAGACAACCUACAAACAUGAUAAUGUCACCGCGACUACUGACUUUGAUCUUAGUUUAUCUGCUGGGCCGCUAAUUCAUACCACAGCUGUUAUCGGCUAUCAAGGAUGGCUUGCGGGUUAUCAAGGUUCUUUUGAUACCCAAAGGAACAAACUUACAAAGAACAACUUCGCUCUUGGAUUUACCGCUUCUGACUUCGCCCUUCAUACUGCUGUGGAAAAUGGUCGUGAGUUCAAUAGCUCGAUUUAUCACAAAGUGAGACCAGAUUUACAAGGAGCCAUCAAUUUGGCGUGGAAUUCGGGCAAUAACGUAACGCAAUUCGGUAUUGGAGCGAAGUACAAUCUUGACAAUGAUGCUAGUAUUAGAGCCAAGGUGAAUUCUCAUCUUCAAAUAGGUUUGGGAUAUCAACAAAAACUGCAUGAUGGUGUGACUUUGACGCUGUCUACAAGCAUCGAUGGAAAGAACUUUAACACUGGUGGUCACAAAUAUGGUAUUGCAUUAGAUCUUGAGGCUUAAACACGUACUGUUACGAAAGAGUUGAGAAUUUAUCCAGUAUGAAUAAAUAUCUCAUACGACCUUUGUGUCAUACAACUGGCGUGACAGUACAUGCUUCAAAUAAAAUAUUGCCUAUAAAUGCGUAGAUAGGUUGAUCCCAGAUAGGUGCCACGAGAUAUCAUGCAUCAUUUGAAAUUUAGUUGAAGGAAACAUAUACACAGUUGUAAAAUAGCGAUAUCAUUUUGUGGACGACGUAAUGUCGCAACUACUAUACGAAUAAGACGAGUUUUUACGUCAAGUUUAUAAUCUUAAUCUCUUUAAUCUCGCUGAAGUUUCACAACAUAUGACAUGCAUGGCGGCUCGUCAGUUCCUGUUUGAGACAGUUAUUUCCUUAAUUUUUUUUGUGACUGCGCGGAGCUAUAUCUAGAGAAAGAGAUAAUGCGAUGGUACGGAAAAAGGGAAUCGUUAGUUGUCAUCAAUAAAGUUAAAUAAAAAAAAAACAUUCACAAGGGCGUAAAAAAUUUUUUGUCCAUUCGCUUCGCGAUAGUAUAUGCAUGCGUAAUCUUAUGUUAUGGCAAGAUAAUUAAAGUUUUCGAAACAUAUCGUCAUACAUUCGGUCAGUAAACUAUAAUUGAUUCGUCUACGAAUAUGAUUUUGCGAAGAAUGCAAGAUAUUUUAGGAUCUAAACUUUAACGGCGCAAACUAGUUAUUUUUAUUUUGUGGAUAUUCAGCAUUGUAUCUUUAUCUCUUGUCAGUUGUAAUUGAAAGAUAUUCAGAUAUUGAAUUGAGAUUCACGGGUACAUGUUGAACUUUCGAUUUUACCUCUAGAUAUAUAUACUUGUAUGCAAUCAGAAAGUAUUAAUGUGUUUGAUAGUAGAUAUAUGUGCAUUUCUAUCGUUUAGUACUGUCACACACCUACAUGAGAACAUGAUGCCUUCUUACCCAUUAUAAAUAAGGCAUAAUUAUGUAUACAUGUAUAAAUUAUAGUUAUCGGCAGCUAUGUAUGCCAUUUUAUUAUUGCGAGGAAUAGAUAUAUUUACUAUCUGUUGCCGAUCUAAAAAAAAUACUGCCACGUUGGCUAACAAUUACGAUUUUCGCCUCGGAUAUCGCUGUCAGAUUCUUUUGUAGAAUUUCCACGUUUUAAUUAUACACAUACACGCAGCCAUAUAUAUGAUAACGAUCAUAUUUUCAAAAGACACAAUGAAUAAUUACGCGUAACUACAUGUAAUUCCAUUCUGCUUUAUUUUAUAUAGGAAAUAUAUAAUUAUGUUUGUGGAA